AUGUUGCACUGGUUGAGAAGAGAAAUCAAGGAGGCUAAAAGGGAAGAGGCUAAGAUAGCGGCUACAGGGAAAGAGACCGAGGGAAGCUCACUUAGGUCUAGCAGAUUUAAGUCCAUCAUCAUUACCACGAACAGGAAUAGAAUGGCUAUAGCCCCUACGACACCUAGGAUUGGGUUAUCCGCCGUAAUAACAAAGAUAGCAGAUACCAGAGCCAGAAAUGGCAACAAUUCAAGUAGGAAUAACCUCAAAGAAGCCCGUGCUUUACCACCCCCCCCUAGGAACUUUAGUCAAUUAAAGAAGGAUAAAGAACGGAAUCUUGGAGUAGUAGGCAUCCUUACACUUAAUUCAGACCCUUUCUAUAGCGAUAAAAGCAGGCUUCUUCCUUUAGAAGCCAAGGAAGUAGUCUACUUCCCGGUUACUAAAGACGGUACUUCAAGAGAGCCAACUUCUAUCAGAAGUAAGUGGACACUUCAGGAUAGGAUGCCAAGGGUAAAAUCGAAUCAUGAAGUAGUUGCCUCUGCAACUAGCGGACGCUACUCAAGAGAGAGACUACUCAAGAGGGAAGCUAGUAGCUGCCUUUUUAAGGAGUGGAAGAAGGCUCAAACGAGAGUAUCCUCUUGGUUCUCCCCUCUGUGCUUUCCUUUUAGAAGAGAUGCAAAGGAAGGCUCUCUAGAAGAUAGGGAUCUCUUACUAGCUUACUUUACUCCCUAUACCUAUUUUACUCUUCCCUACCACUACUUACAAGUAACCCUUACCUACAAUGAAUCACCGGACAAACUUGUUUUAACCAAUCCAGAACCCCAGUUAACUCGAUCCGGGUCAUUAUAUUCAGGUACUUGUGAAGGUAAUAAAAUGGGAGAUCCAGGUGCAUGGUAG